AUGAAACAAUUCACUUUGGUUUUCUGUCUUUUGGGAGCCGCCUUCGCUUUGGAAUGUUAUAAUGGCAUGAAAUUCAUUGCCGGCUCGACAAUCGGCGAAUCAACUGUGCAAUGUGGUGACUCGAAAGAGUAUUGUUAUAAUAUUUCUGUGAGAGGGAUGGUGAUCUUGGAUGUGUUGAAAGGUGGAUGCUCGUUUUGGAGGUGUUUGCUCGCACAAGAUCGCUGCAUCACCACACAAUUCCAAGGAUCACCCGCUUCUUUCUGUUGUUGCUCACAGAAUCUCUGCAAUGUCGCUGAUCAACGGGGAAGGGAGUUCCAUAUUGGUAGCGAUCAGCCCUCAUUCGGGGAGCCGAUUCGACCGGAGAUUCACCGAGGAUCCGAGAGUUCUAAUGGAGAUUCGGAUAGAUUCAAUAACAAUAACAAUAACAACAACAACAAUGGCCAAAGCCCGGAUCGAUUCCAGACCGGUGACCCAAGUGGAUCGCCCGGUGGUGGAAAUAUGGGAUCGAACUUUGAUCGUCCACAGAACAUGCAAGCACGCCCGAUGCGGACACGACUUGACAAUGACAAUUCACGGGAAAUGCCACGACAAAAUGGUGAUGAGAUCAUAUUG